AUGGUAGCAAUGCUAAGAAGCUCCUUUUUUCAGGGAAUUUAUCGAACAUGUGGUGUGAAGUCGAAAAUCGAGGAGAUUUGUGAAGCAUUCGAACGAUGUGCGGGUGAUUCCACCGUCGAUCUCGAACAUGUACAUCCGAUGAAUCUCGCCUCUGUUGUGAAACUCUACCUUAGGAAACUUCCGGAACCGUUGUUGACCUACGAGAUGUAUAAUGAGUGGAUACGUUUUGGCGUGAAGUGUAACGACGAGCCGGACGACGAGCAUUUGGAAGAGCUGAAACGAUUGACACGUCGUUUACCGGUCUGUAAUUAUGAGACGUUGAAACAUCUGAUGCUUCAUCUGAAUCGCGUCACGUGGUUCCAAGAAUCGAAUCUAAUGGGACCAUCAAAUCUAUCAACGGUUGUGGCGCCGUCUCUCAUCUGGCAACCGUCCAUAGCCACAUCUGCUGAUCAUACGGCAGCCCCAUUAUUGAUGCCCAGCACGCGAAUCGAACAGUCCAAUACGAUCUUCGGUGUCGAUCGAACAAAGGACUGGGAUGAAUUCUUCUCAAAAUAUGCUUUGGAAGAGCCACCGAAGGAGGAAGACGCGGGUAACGUCUCUGAUGAUGAAGAUAUCGUCGACGAAGACGUGAUAGAUCUAGAAGAUGAUGAACAACUGUUCGUUCCUCAACCUCCUACACCCGACCUUCUGAAGAGUACGAGGCGAGAGCGAGCGGAUGAGCGUGCAAUCAGCUGUCAAGGCUCCCCAGAAGAUCAGAAGCGACGAUUUGAGAAAGAUGAUCGACGAGAAAAACGGCGUAGUUACACCACAAGUAUACUUAUAUCGCCAAACAGCGAACGACAAACGCCCGUCUCUAGACAGAAAUCACUCGGAGACAAAACUGCCUUGAAUCGUUGUGCCGCUGACGUUACCGUUGAUGUAUCUAAGGGUCAAAUUUUUGUGGAUAGGAAUCGAGAUGGUAAAUUAAUUCAGCGACGUCAGUCACACAAAGGUAAGCUUUGA